AUGAACUCUUACACUCUAACAUUCAAUUCUCAAGAUUUAGAAUUAAAAUACUAAGAAACCAGAAAGGGAUUCACUCUCCCUGUCUUCAAAGGUAUAAGUAUUAUUUCCUUCAUCAUUUGUGUCAUCAGAACAAUCAUAUCCAGUGUUACUAAUCAAUUUAUAUAUGCAUUUAUAUUUCUUGGUCUCGGAAUAACAGUAAUCAUUUCUCAUUUCAUCAUUCGAUCCCUUCAAAAACAAUGGAUCGAUUAUUAUUUGUUUACAAUUAACCAUAUAUUGAUGCUUUACUAGAUUACAGUCAAUCAUAGUUAUGAUUUUCAAGAAUCAUUUAUUUUUGGGCAGGUAAUGAUGACCUUACAUAUAAUUAUUAUUUUAAUAUCAGAUUUUAAGUAUGCUAUCAUUUAAAUUAUUAAUAACCUAAUAAUUAAAAUUGUAAUCGCUGAAUUAAGUAAUGGUGAUUUACCUGUAAUAACUUAUUUAUACACUAUUUUAAUUGCUCUUAUGGCAAUGUUUGUAAUUUAAAGGAUAAAUAGAUAAUAUAGAUAAUCUUUCUUAUUUAUAAUCUAAGAUUAUCAAAAAGGUAUUCAAUUUAAAUAAUGUAUUUUUAGAAAAAUUUAUACCGUUAUUGUUUGAUAAUCCAUUUGCUAUUUUCACAUUUGAUUAAAACAAUCUCUCUUUUUAGGUCUUAUAAUCUAAUUUUGAUUAAUUUCCUUAGUUCAAUCCAUUAAAUAAUAAUCAAAAUAAUUUAAAAGCAUUCUUACGCAAUUAUAAACUGAAUGAUAUAAAAUUUGAAGACUUUUUAUAUAAAAGAACUAAAGAAUAUACUUAAGACAAUUCAAUAAUUAAUAAAGAGUUGUUAUUGAAUCAUCAAAAAUUUAAAAAUUAAAAUAUAGUAGUUAAGUUUUCUGAAUUUAAAGUUGCUGAUUUAACUUUCGUAAUUAUAAUGGAUCAAAAAUAAAAAUUAAUAAAUUCUUAAUCUGAAAAAAUUUAAUAUCUAUGUUCUUGGAUUUAAAUUUGCUCUAAAAGUCUUGCUAAAUUCUUUAAAAUCUAAAUGACAUUAACUUAGUAAGCUUAAUUUAAUUAAAAUUAAUUCUAUAAAAUUGAAAUGAAAUACAUCUCAAUGAUAAAUAAAUUGUCUUAAUAAAUAGAAAAUAAUCUUUCAUAUUGUAAGAUUUAGAAUAAAAUGAAAUAAAUAUUUUCAUUUUAUGAAUCAUAGUACAAUAUAAAAAUAUAAUGUGAAUAUCGCAUUUCUUCUGAUUAUACAAUCAUUACUAAUACAUAGUUGUUUAAUUAACUGUUAUUUGAUUUGAUGAAACUUCUAACCAAAAUGAAUAAAACAUGUGUUCAUUUUAUACUUUAAGAGUAGUUAUAAUUUUUAGAUAUUCUCAUAUGUAUAAAUCAAUUAUAAACCUUUAACACAGAAUUAAUGAAAAAAAAUUAAUUUAGAAGAGCACUAAAGAUAAUUGGUCCUUUUGAUCAAACAAUUUUUAAUUCAGAAAGUAAGUAUCAAUUAAUAAAUAGAUAUUAUUAUUCGUAUAUAUAAAAAUAUGGAGAUUUUAUAAGAACUAAAACCAUUUAAUUAUUAAUGA